AUGUCGUCGUCGCGACCUUCGAGGACAAGAGUCGGUAGGUAUGAGCUCGGAAGGACGCUUGGGGAAGGGACGUUUGCGAAGGUGAAGUUCGCUAGAAAUACUGAAACAAAUGAGAAUGUUGCCAUCAAGAUUCUCGAUAAGGAGAAAGUUCUUAAGCAUAAGAUGAUCACUCAGAUCAAACGUGAGAUAUCAACAAUGAAACUUAUCAGACACCCAAAUGUCAUUCGAAUGCAUGAGGUUAUGGCAAGCAAGACAAAAAUAUACAUUGUUUUGGAAUUUGUCACAGGUGGAGAACUAUUUGACAAAAUUGCAACUAGAGGUAGACUUAAAGAAGAUGAAGCAAGAAAAUACUUUCAGCAGCUCAUUAAUGCUGUAGAUUACUGCCAUAGUCGUGGUGUUUUUCAUAGAGAUCUCAAGCCUGAAAAUUUACUAUUGGAUGCAACUGGUUGUCUCAAAGUUUCUGAUUUUGGAUUAAGUGCACUUCCACAACAAGUUCGUGAAGAUGGAUUAUUACACACAACAUGUGGGACCCCAAACUAUGUUGCCCCUGAGGUAAUAAACAACAAGGGUUAUGAUGGAGCUAAGGCUGAUUUAUGGUCAUGUGGUGUUAUUCUUUUUGUUCUUAUGGCUGGAUACCUUCCUUUUGAAGAAUCAAAUCUUAUGGCUUUAUACAAGAAGAUAUUCAAGGCUGACUUCUCUUGUCCUCCAUGGUUCUCUUCAAGUGCAAAGAAGCUAAUCAAAAGGAUUCUGGAUCCUAAUCCUUUAACAAGAAUUACGACAGCUGAAGUGGUGGAGAAUGAAUGGUUUAAGAAAGGAUAUGUGCCACCUAGAUUUGAACAAGAGGAUGUUAGUCUUGCUGAUGUGGAUGCUAUUUUCAAUGAAGCCGGGGAUUCUCCUAUCCUUGUAGUGGAAAGGCGGGAUGAACGCCCUGCUCAACCUGUCACCAUGAAUGCUUUUGAGCUUAUUUCCAAAUCUCAAGGCCUCAAUCUCAGUUCUCUUUUUGAAAAACAAAUGGGGCUUGUGAAGCGUGAAACAAGAUUUACAUCCAAAUGUCCAGCGAAUGAGAUUAUAUCAAAAAUAGAAGAAGCUGCUACACCACUUGGAUUUGAUGUCAAGAAAAAUAACUACAAGUUGAAACUUCAAGGCGAAAAGACUGGACGCAAGGGUCAUUUAUCUGUUGCAACAGAGAUUUUUGAAGUGGCACCUUCAUUGCACAUGGUUGAGGUUCGAAAAGCAGGAGGAGAUACAUUAGAAUUUCACAAGUUUUAUAAGAACCUUUCUACUGGAUUGAAGGAUAUUGUGUGGAGAAAUGGAGAUGAAGCAAAUGGAGAUCUGAAAGGUACUACCACUACACUACCUCCUUGAUAAUGGAUUUGUGGAUGUUUUCCCAAUUAUUUUAAUUUCUUGUUUUCGUUUGAUCUAUAUAUAAUAUAUAUUGUCAUGACUUAAACACUAAACUAUGUAAUGUAAUGGUUUUCAGACGAUUUUAUGACAAAUGAUGUUUAAUAGAACACUUGCAUUAUCUUUGAUGUCUAUUAGAAGUCUUUAAAUGUAACAAAAUAGUUGCAUAUUUCCAUAGAGGGUUAAAAUAGUUACAUAUUUCCAUUGAUUUGUUACUUUCACUUUUUUUGUUAUAAAGUCAUCCAAAAAAAGAAAAUUUCACUAUA